GGCCGCUCGGCCCUUUAAACCAUUCCAGGGCCUCUCUGAGGUCUGCAGCCGGGGACGGCGCCACACGGGGGUCGAGCAGGGCGCGGCGGCGGCGGGGCGCUCCGGGGAGGCCCGGGCAGCUGAUGGUUUUGGCGAAGUAUCUUAAGGUAGCUGGGCCCACCCCCUCUCCCCCACCUACCUCUUGUCCUCCCCCCCACACCACCACCACCCUGGCUCCCCUCCCUCAUGACCGCCUGGAUCCUCCUUCCUGUCAGCCUGUCCGCAUUCUCCAUCACUGGCCUAUGGACCGUGUAUGCCAUGGCCGUGAUGAACCACCACGUGUGCCCCGUGGAGAACUGGUCCUACAACGAAUCCUGCUCUCCUGACCCCACUGAGCAAGGGGGCCCCAAGACCUGCUGCACUCUGGACGAUGUCCCCCUCAUCAGCAGGUGCGGCACGUACCCCCCAGAGAGCUGCCUCUUCAGCCUCAUUGGCAAUGUGGGUGCUUUCAUGGUGGCCCUGAUCUGCCUCCUGCGUUACGGGCAGCUCCUGGAGCAGGGCCGGCAUUCCUGGGUCAACACCACAACGCUCAUCACAGGCUGCACCAACGCCGCUGGCCUCGUGCUGUUGGGCAACUUUCAGGUGGAUCACGCCAAAGCUCUGCACUAUGUUGGAACUGGCGUGGCCUUCACCACCGGGCUGCUCUUUGUCUGCCUGCACUGUGCCCUCUCCUACCACGGGGCCACUGCCCCCCAGGACCUAGCCGUGGCCUACCUGCGGAUUGUGCUGGCAGCCAUCGCCUUUGUCACUCUGAUCCUCAGUGGCAUCUUCUUCAUCCACGAGAGUUCACAGCUGCAGCAUGGGGCGGCCCUGUGUGAGUGGAUGUUUGUAAUCGACAUCCUCAUCUUCUACGGCACCUUCAGCUAUGAGUUUGGGGUGGUCUCCUCAGAGACACUGGUGGCUGCCCUGCAGCCUGCCCCCGGCCGGGCCUGCAAGUCCUCCGGGAGCAGCAGCGCAUCCACCCACCUCAACUGUGCCCCUGAGAGCGUCGCCAUGAUCUGAGGUCUGGGGAGGGGUGGCUGGCCCCGCCUCCACAGCUCCCUUCCCCGUAUCGCCUUUGCAUUUAUUUUGUACCAAAAAACAAUUCUGAGAAAGUAUUCUGUUGGGGCGGAGGCUUCCUCAUGCUUGGAGGAGCGGCCGUCCCACACCCACCUGUGCCAUAGAGGAGCGGGCGCUGGCAGCCGCCUGGGCUGUGCAUCGCCGGCCCCCACACUGCAGUGUUAUUUUAUUGUUUAAAGGUCACAUAUCCUCAUUCACCCAGCCAGCCCUUCAGGUGCCUUCUACUCCCCAGUGCCAAGGCCAGACCACUGGGGUUUCCUGCUGCAGGAAUUGGGGGCUGGGAACAGCAAGAGGGAUAGAAGUCUUGGGGGCAGGGGUGAGCACUCCUUAAGUCUUUGCGAAGGCCCACUUUGGGGCCCAAGGAGCUGCACUGGGAUUCUUCACUCUGCCCCCUUUCUUUAGGGCAAAUAACACAGCAGAACCAUGUGGGUUAUUUUAGUACUUUUUUUUUAUAUGUCUAUUAAAAGAAUUCUAAUUUGCA